UAAACAUUGAUCGGACUCAAGACAUUCAAGUUCUAAAAGUUUUCUCGUUCCAUAAUAAUGUUUCAUUUUUAAAAAAAGGUAGUGGUUUUGAUGGAUACAGACUUUACUAGAGCACCAAGGAUGAUAGAUUUAUCUCUGAUCACAACUUUGGUUAUUAUCUUCGCUUGUGCUCCGAGUCAAAUGUUGAAGAAUGCAAGUGAUGAUUUGUUUCUUACGAGCUGCGAACUGAAUUAUCAAAAUUAUCCACCAAAAAUAAGGAAGAUGUUUUUGUUCGUUAUAAUUAGAGUUGAAAAAUCUUUUGCACUGACGGCUGGACCUCAAGUUGAGUUAAAUUUUGAAACUUGCAGUAUUAUUAUUAAAACCUCAUUUUCAUAUGCAGCAGCUUUUAGAUCAGUCUACACGUCCCAUAAUAAUUAAACUUUUAUUUCAUGAUUAUUUCAUGAUUAAUGAUUAAUUCAAGUGGACUUUCGAUUCUGAGCCUAAUGUUUACUCAAUAAGUAUCUUGUACUAUUUUGAACCUUUACAGAAUUAUAAUUUUUUUCGAAUUAUAAAUAAUUUUAUUUCCGAUCGAGUAGUUCGAAAUCCCAAAUCUCGAUAUUUUUGUCUUUUUGGCACUAAAGUGUAAAGUUGAAAAUUCCUUAUUUUUAGCAAAAAUAGAACGAUUG